CCUUGAACGACCUUCUAAGAUAAACCGGUACUUUGAAGUGCUGCACCGUAAAUGGUGAGCUUGUUUCCAUACUUGGCGACAUUACUGUUGGUGCCUCAUUACAUUCAACAAUAAAAUACAUAGUAACGGCAUUCAGUGCUAGUACGGACAGGAUAAAAAGUAGUAAAAAUAUAUUCGACAAUCGUGUGCAGUUUUUUUGCCGUGAUUUAUGGUUCUCCAACAAACUGAGUGAUAUCUCAACCCUAACAAGAAUAUUCACAUUGUUUUGAUGUUUUUUGUUGAAACGUCAAGCCAGGUUACGCAGAGAAUUUAUUUACAGAAGAUCAAUUGAAGUUCGAGAUGCUGAAAACGAAAAGAAGAAAAAGAUGUUAAAAGCUGCCUUAGCUGAAGGGAAAAUGCUACCUAAAGAAAUUCAAGAAGGUGCUUUACAGUUAAAUGAAGAAUUAGACUGGAGUGAUGAUGGCGGUGAAGGAGUUGCUACUAAUCAAGAUGAUGAGUAUCUCUGGGCUGGAACUGAAGAUCCACGCGUUGUUAUCACUACAUCACGUUCUCCUAGCUCAAAACUAAAAGAAUUUGCUAAAGAAUUACGUUUUCUCAUCCCAAAUGCUGCCAAAAUUAAUCGUGGUAACUACUUGAAUAAGAAUUUGUUGGAAGCUUGUUUAGCAAAACAGAUUACCGAUGUCGUUAUUGUCAACGAAUCACGUGGCGUUCCAGACACUUUGAUUAUUAGUCAUUUGCCCUUUGGUCCAACUGCUAUAUUCACUUUAUACAAUGUUCGCACACGUCAUGAUAUGGAAACUAUGGGUUGUGGUACCGGAGCGAAAAUGCCUCAAACAUAUCCUAAUCAUAUAUUUAAGGGAUUAAAUUCUAACUUAGGUCAACGUGUUCGUUGUAUAUUGAAACAUUUAUUUCCCGUACCGAAAGAUGAUUCGAAACGUGUGGUUACAUGGUACGAAGAAGAUGAUGUCAUAUGUUUCAGACACCACACAUAUAAAUAUGUGGACAAAAAAUUGGAACUAACCGAGCAUGGGCCCUCAUUCGAUUUACGUUUGUAUAAAAUUUGGCGUGGACCGUUACACGAAGAAGCCACAGCAGAUUUUGAAUGGGUUUAUCGACCUUAUAUGAAUACCACUUUUAAAAGACGAUUUUUGUCAGAACCAUCAUCUCCUUGAACAUUAUUCUAUUGUAAAUAAAAUUGAACUUGACGAGAACUUAUUCUAAAUGUAGUUUAGGCACCAGCCUUAUGUAUGUCAAAUCCGUAUUCUUUCUUGUAAAACGACAUUCUCCUCACCUCAAUGCAUGGCUACUAAUCUACUCACCAUUGCACACCGCAUAACUCUUCCAGUAUAAACACGACUAAUGGACGUUCACAAGAAUCAUAAGUUAGAUAUAGGGAGUUCAAAAUAUUUUUCUG